GAGAAUGGGCGGGGCUUUAAGAGAAAAGGUUAUAAAUACAGAGACGCACUUCGAUUGCUUAAUUUUAGGAGAAAAGAGUCAUUUAUUUAAACGGGAUUAAACUGGGGGAAAGACAUCUGAUAACUGGUGUUUAACUGGUUUAAAACAUUAAUUGGACAUUUUAUACGAGCUCAUGGACUUCCCUGACUUUAAGAGGAGAAACAAGAAGAAAAAGAGAUGCAGAGGAACGAACUGCUUCAGCAGACGAUUUGAAGAUGUCUACAGACUCCAGGAUGAGGUUCUGGGAGAAGGAGCGUACGCGGUCGUGCAGACGUGCGUCUGUCUGAGCACCAGGACAGAGUAUGCAGUGAAGAUUAUCGAGAAGAGGCCUGGCCUGAGCAGAAGUCGUGUUUUUAGAGAGGUGGAGAUUCUCUAUCAGUGCCAAGGCCACAGAAACAUUCUGGAGCUGGUGGAGUUUUUUGAAGAAGACGACAGAUUCUACUUAGUGUUCGAGAAGCUCAGAGGAGGUUCACUGUUGACUCACAUUCACAGAAGGCAGAGUUUUAGUGAACAGGAAGUCAGUGCUGUGGUGCAGGACAUCGCCAGCGCUUUACACUUCCUGCACAGUAAAGGAAUGGCACAUAGAGACCUGAAGCCUGAGAACAUCCUCUGUGAGCAUAGUGACAGGAUGUGUCCAGUGAAGAUCUGUGAUUUUGACCUGGGCAGUGGGAUGAAGAUGAGCAGUGACAGUGACCUCAUCUCCAGUCCUCAGCUACUCACUCCGUGCGGUUCGGCCGAGUACAUGGCCCCUGAGGUGGUGGAGGUGUUUAAUGAGGAGAUCAGUGUUUACGAUAAACGCUGUGAUCUGUGGAGUCUCGGCGUCGUCCUCUACAUCCUGCUCAGUGGAUCUCCACCAUUCACGGGUCACUGCGGUACCGGGUGUGGCUGGGAUCAGGGGGAACCGUGCCACCAGUGCCAGAUCAUGCUGUUUGAGAACAUUCAAGAAGGAAAAUACGAGUUUCCAGAGAAGGACUGGGCUCACAUCUCUGCUGAGGCUAAAGAUCUUGUUUGCAAACUGUUAGUGCGGGAUGCUAAACAGCGGCUGAGUGCGGAGCAGGUCCUCGAGCACCUGUGGGUACAGGGGCAUGCUCAAAGCACAACACCGACACUGCAUUCAAGGGAAUCGUGUGUCCAGGACCUCACGUUCUUCACCGCUCAGGUGGUGGCCGUGAACCGUCAGUUGGUCCAGCGGGAACUGAACGAUGAGUCUGAGGAGAAGGAUAGGAACCAUUUUGGAUUUCGUUCCUUCCUGUUCUACCAUGCGUCUCCGAACUCGCUGCGUCUGUCACGAUUGGCUGAGCGGCGCAGGGAGAGAAGCCGUCACCUCCUCAGCCCUCUGCUCACGGUCGGAGGAGCUACCUAAUGUCCCUGCGUCAUCACGUCAGUGUGUCAAACACUGUUCCAGAUGCAUGAACUUUGUAAGCAGGACGGAAGUAAUGCGCAAUAAUAAUGCCGUCUGAUUCAAUGAGCUUACACACACACACUUCAAUGAAUGUUAAUCUCCUGACACAUAAUGUCAGAUUAUCUCCUAGUUUAAUUAGGACACGUUUUAUUUUCUUAAUAUUUAGUUCUUUUUUUAAAAAAACACAUUUUACAUCUUUAUCUUUUCUUAAUAAUAAGAAAAAGGUAAAGAUUUACAUCAGAUGUACUGCUGUGUUCUUUAUUGCUGCAUCAGGAGGCAAGAAACUUCUGGAACAUUAUUGACCCAACCAGCACUAAUUGUUUUUCAUAUGUAAAUAUAUUUAUUCUUAUUUUGUGCUCUGAACUUUUUACCUUUUGGAUUUUUUUUAUUGAUUUAAAUUUUAUAUUUGAGAUUUUUUUAUUUAGUACCAUGAGUUAAUUUAGUCUUCAUCUCUUUUGUCAGUGUUUCCAUUAUUCCAUUAUUAGGUUUUUGCCCAGUUUCCAGUAUUUGUGUCUGAUAUAAACACAAUGUCACCCACAGUAUCACUGAUGUUCAGCUUACUGUGUAGGCAUAAAAUGGAAGAGACUGAAAAAUGAAGAGAUUAUUUAUUUUUUUGUGAAUCAAACUCAUCUUUAUUUUUUGUAUUCUGGGAGAGACUUUAUUCCUUUUUUCCCCCAUUUUUCUUCAUUUAUGUCCAAUAAUUGUAUUUCAUGCUCCACUGUGCACCAGCAAGCUAUUUUUUUUUAUUUAUUUCUAUUCAUUUUAUUUUUUUUACAAAAUUAAGAGACAAAUGUUUGUCACAUUGUUGAAUUUUUGGUUAAAUGUGAUUUUUGCACAGCGACUCUCCAAAUAAAGAGCAUGAACAAUUCAAA